AUGAACUCAAAUAAUAAUUCGGAUUUAUCAUCGAAACAUGAAGAAACAUACCAUUCUACAAUUAACAAACAUCAUAUAGUAGAGUUUGUUCCAACAAGUAAUAAUGAUCCAUUAUUGAUUAAGUUACAACGUUUAUUUGUUUCAUCAUUCUCUGAAUAUUAUAAAAUCAUAGAGCCACAAUUAAAUCUACCAACAGAUGAAACACUAUUAACUUGGUUGGAAAAAGCAUUUAAUGAAGAAGUGAAUGAAUUACUUUCUCAUCAAUGUCGUUGUUUUGUGAUAUAUACGUCAUCAUCUUUAUCUGUUGUUGCUGGUUUUUUGACAAUAAAAGAAAAUAAAAAUGAUUCAAAUGACAUAUAUAUUUCUCAAUAUGCUGUAGAUCCAGCAUUCAAGAGACAAGGCUAUGGAUUACAUCUUUUAAAAUAUCUUGGUAAAGUUUUUCCUUCAGCAACAUCUUAUACAUGUCUUUGUCGACGAGUAAAUAAACCAGCAUUAAAAUUUUACGAAAAAUGUGGAGCUACUUUUAUUGAUGACGAUCAAAUUAUUACAAAUUACGGAUACAAUCCUAUCGAUUACAUUAGUUUGAAACUAAGUAGCAAUCAACUUGAAACAUUAUGA